AUGAUGUUUAAAUGUCUACCUGUUCUCCUGAUCAUCAUAUCAUUCGCCAGGGUAGUCCCGGCAGUCGGACCACCGUCUGCAAGGGGUGAGUUGAUUAGGGUAAAGAGGGAUCUGAAUGAACAGUUGCUACUCGUGAUGGAGAGUAUGAAAAAGAGACAACGGCUAGAAGAGGUGGUAAAGAUGGCAAUUGGGUGGAUUAAAAUAUCUGCCUACAGAUUUCUGAUGCCCAUUGAUAAAAAGGUUGAAGAGGCUAAAACGUUACGUGAGGAGAUUUCCCGGUCCAUACAUAGAGCAUAUCCCAUGAGAAUGAUCUUUAACGAAACAAACGACAUGCUGUAUCAAGUAAAUGGGCUUCUUGGUGGUACAAACGAGGAUGGCAUGCCGGCCAAGGCACGAAAGGCAAAGGAGCUUUUGAGGAGGAGCAAAGUGGGCCUGAAGAAGUUGGAUGAUGAAUUUAAAGGCUUGGUCAAGAAAACGGAAGGGUUAACAAGGGAUGCACUAGCAUACGGAUUUAAAAUCCCCGACGACAUUUUGAAGGAAUUUGGUGCGACCUUUUCCCAAGAGACUGAUGACAGAAACGGCCAAAGGAAAUUCAACUACGAGAUUGGUCCAGAACCCACUGAAUUUGAGCUCUGCUUGGUCUUUCUCUACACCAACCAGAUUCCAGAACUCUCCAAGAAACAGUUGAUCCAAAUCAUCAACCUGCUCAAGAACUCCUCCAACAAGUUUUUUAGGAAAAUCAACAGGAGCAAAAAUGGCGCCAAAAUGAGCAUGCAGAGUAUGGAAGAACAUGUCAAGCACGCUGAAGAAUUGAUGAGAGAUGCAAAGGACUCGGGAUCAAACAACCAAAUUCUCGUCAAAGAGUAUGAGAUGAUCCUCAGAAAGGUCAAGAAACAAAAGAAGCUGUUCCAUGACAUGGUUGCACAGGGGAAACCUGCGAUGUUGAACCUCGAGAAAUACAUUCCAAUUCUGGACAGAGCCAUGAAAGAGGCACAAGACCUCCAAGAUGAUGCAGUACUGGACGAGUGGGACCAUGUAUUAAGCCUAGAGGUAACGAGAGAGAUUCUGAAGAUUCUGGAGAGUAUCGACGUGAUAUUGGAAGGGAUGGAGUUGUACAAAUCAAACUUGAUUUUCCAAACCAACAUUGUGACGAAUAUAGUUGCGAGAAUGAAUGGUCCAGCAAAUGGUGAAGAUGAUGCUCCUGUUGAUGAUGAACAUGAUGACCAAAGGCUUGAACAGGGAGAAGGUUUUGAAGAUGGUAAAGGUGGGGGUGAGCAGGAGGUUAGAGUAGAUGUUCCUGAAGAUGACAAGUCAAGACAGGACAAGAGGCCAGAGAGUGACGAAGAAAGUGCUAAUGAAGAUGGUGAACCUGAAUACGAGCUAGAGGAUGAUGAUGACGAUCAAGAGGAAUAUAGUGAGCCGGAAGAAAGGGACGAGAAUGAAGUGGAAGUGGAAGAUGGCAUAAAGAGCUAUGGAUUCACCCUUGUCGCGAUUCUGGCAAUAUGUACAAUCUGGAUCUAG